UGGCAGAAGUCGAGGAAGCCCUGAAGAUGGACCCUGAGACGUUUAAGAUGAAAUAUGGCAUGGACAAGCCACGGAUGGAUGACGAGAACUUGAUCUUCUACUGCCAGAGGGGCAGGAGAGCGGCUCAGGCCACAAAGAUCGCCAUAACCCUCGGCUACGCCAAGGCCCGUAACUACGAAGGCAGCUACAAGGAAUGGUCUGAGAAGGAAGGGAAGUGAAGUGGGAAUGACUCCGCGAGGGCUGGUGUCUGUCCCUCCACGCCCAGCAGCUGGCUUUACCCUGAGGAUUCUUCCUUCGCUUCCUUGCUGCAACAUCGUCCUAUUGCUGCUGCCGCCCGGUGCUGGGAUGGGAACGCUCUGGGCCCUGGUGGGCUCUUGGCUAACGCCCCUGUCUGAGAAGCUGCCACUCUGCUUUCUGCCUCACCUUCCAGCCCAGUGUCUCACCUGCUCCAAAUGUAGUCACUCCUCCUGCCCCCGAUAGCAGCUGGGGGAUUCAGGCACUUUAUUGGGGGGGAAAUAUCUGCACCCCCACAUUCACUCCAUCUCCCCCACCUCCCCUGGGAAUCUGGGACCCCCACCCAUACCUUCCCAUGGGGUAAGUCCUCCGCUCUUAAGGAGGUAGAUUGAGGUGGGGUAGGAAAAUGACCAUCAAUUCUCCAGCUGAAUCUGCCACUUCCAGCUGUAGCCCGCUAUUUCUAUAACAUGCUGGGUGCCCCUCAGCCACCUCUGCACGGGGGAUUUUCUCUGCAGCCACCCCUGGAAAAGAGAGCUCUCUAGCAUUUCCUCCGAUGUAGUACAUGGCUCUGAUAAGGGAUGGGACGUCUGUGAUGGCAGCAAGGCAAUAGUGGAAUUUGCUCAGGGUCAGCCAGGUUUCAUAUUAUACUAAACAAGCCUUUGUACAGAUCUGUGUUUCUCAGCCUCUUCACAUGGGUGAGCCCUUAUUCACAUUAAAAAAAUUG